CGUGCUGUGUAUGUUCCGUGUGCGGUGAUUCCCUUAAUAAUAAAACAGUGAACGAUUUGAAAAAAAAUUUAAAAGGAUUUUUUCGACGAAAAUGUUGCGUCCAGCGGCGGCGUUCGUCUGCAUUGUGGUCGGGAUUUUAGCGGAAAUUGAGGCGUUAGAACCAAACAAUCUUGGAUCAACAACAGGGGGUGCAGUGUCUCAUUUCGAACCGCAAGUGGCCAUCCUGUGCGAUGCUGGGCCUCGCGGGCAAGAAGCUUAUCAGCCCAAAUACAUGACGGAAGAAGGCGAAUGGGCCUCCGAUCUCAGGUCGAAAGCAGCUUGUCUCAAAGACAAAAUGGACAUUUUGAAUUACUGCAAAAUGGUAUAUCCGAAGAGGGACAUAACCAACAUUGUAGAAAGCAGCCACUACCUGAAAAUAGCUUCGUGGUGUAGAGCGGGAGCCACUCCGGGUUCACAGUCCAGGGGCAAGUGCAAAACCGCCCGAUGGGUCAAACCGUUCCGAUGUUUAGAAGGUCCGUUCCAAUCCGACGCCCUCCUGGUACCGGAAAACUGCAUGUUCGACCACAUUCACAACCAAAGCAAUUGUUGGACUUUUGGUAGAUGGAACGCAACAGCAGGAAACGCUUGUCAGGAAAAAGGGCUGCAGCUCAGAUCGUUCGCCAUGCUUUUGCCUUGCGGAAUUUCGCUGUUCAGUGGAGUGGAGUUUGUUUGUUGUCCGAAACAUUUUAAAGAAAACGUCAAACCCAAGAAGCCAAUUGACCUGACUAUCCUCAAAAAAGAACAAGACGUAUUCUCUGACACCAUAGACGAAGGUGAUGAUGAAUCAGACGAAGACGACGAAAAUGAUGAUUUAGAUGAUUUGGUCGACGACACUGAACUAUCUGAUGAGCCUACUAUCGAUGACGAUGAAGAAGAUGAUGAAGAUGACGAUGACUAUGAUGACACUGAUUGGGACACUACUCCACAAAGCACCACUACAGGUUUCAAGCUAAGCACAUCCACAACAACAUCCUCAACAACCACAACCACUGAAAAACCCACAACAGAAGCAACUCCCGAUCCAUACUUCACCCAUUUCGAUCCCAGAAACGAACACCAAAGCUACAAAGAGGCUCAAGAACGUCUAGAAGAAACUCACCGAGAAAAAGUCACCAGAGUGAUGAAAGACUGGUCAGAUUUAGAAGAACGAUAUCAAGACAUGCGAUCAAGCGAUCCCAGAGGAGCUGACGAAUUCAAACAAAGAAUGACCCAAAGGUUCCAGACCACUGUGCAAGCUUUAGAGGAGGAAGGCGACGCUGAAAAACAUCAAUUGGCCGCAAUGCAUCAGCAAAGAGUUUUGGCCCACAUCAACCAAAGGAAGAAGGAAGCUAUGACUUGUUAUACUCAAGCUUUAAAUGAAAAUCCACCAAAUACCCAUAGAGUCCAAAAAUGCUUGCAAAAACUGCUGAGGUCUUUGCACAAAGACAGGGCACAUGCGAUUUCACAUUAUCGUCAUUUGUUGGCAAGCAGCAUUGAAGCUGCAGCUCGUGAACAACCCAGGGUGCUGGAACGCCUUACUGACAUCGAUAGAACAGUCAACCAGAGCAUGCAAAUGCUGAAAAGGUAUCCAGAAUUGGCUUCUAGGAUUGGACAAUUGAUGGACGAUUAUAUUCAAGCUUUACGCUCAAAAGACGAAACUCCAGGUUCCCUGUUGGCAAUGACAUCAGAUGCUGAACAAGCAAUCCUGGACAAAUACAAGGCGGAAAUCGCAACCAAACAAGCCGAGCGUGAAAGACAAAGAUUACAAGAAAAAGAACGCAAAGAGCAAAGGAAAAAAGAGCGAACAGAACUCAAAGAAGAAAAAAAACGUGUCGAAGCUGCUUUGGGUAAAACAAUCAGCAACAUUGAUGACAACAUGGAUGAGGACAACGUCUUGGAUGACAAACCAUCCACUCCAGUUUUUAUGGGUUCUACAGCUGAAAGUACCGCAGCUGAAACUGUUGGCAACUAUGUCACAGUGGUUAAUCGCAAAGAAGUCGACGACGUGGCAGUGCAACAAGCUGUAGAAGAAGUUGCCAAAGCAGCGUCUCAUCGUCAAGACGUCAUUCGAGUCGCCCAUAUUAUGUCGCACGAAAUUGGACAUAGUGAACCUAGUUUUUCUGUCCGGCGUGAAAUUUACGGUCGCAAAGAUGGAAGAAGCGUCUACUUUACUCUGGCUUUUGCCGGUAUGGCUCUGAUGGCUGCUAUUGUGGUUGGUGUAGCUGUGGCUAAGCGUCGAUCUGCAAGAUCUCCACAAAGUCAAGGUUUUGUAGAAGUAGAUCAAGCAGCCACCCCUGAAGAAAGACACGUGGCCAACAUGCAAAUCAACGGCUACGAAAAUCCCACCUACAAGUACUUCGAGGUGAAGGAGUAAGGCGUUGUAAAGCAAAAGAAGAGCAAAUUUUUUUUAAUUGUUUUAAGCAAUAUUUAUUUAUUUUUUUUGGAGCAAUAUUUGUACAUUUAUUUGAUUUGUUAAGUUUUUCCAUUAUUUUCAACUGGUCCUUUUGGAGUUCAAAGGGCCAAAUAAUCAAUCAUUCCAAUUUUGUUUAUGAAUUUUUGUACUUAAAAAAAAAAUACUCUUAAACGCAACUUGAUAAUAAUAAUUAAUAAUUCUUACAUAUGCAAAAAGAAGUAUAUAAAUAAUAAUAUAUAAAAGUAAUACAUAUUUUCAAGUUUAGUGAAUUAUUGGUUUUUUGCAUUUAAUAAUGAAGACAGUCCACUUUUUUAUGAAAGUAUAUAACAAUAUAUAAAGAUGUAUUUGUAAUAAUUGUAUUACAAUUAUAUCAAUUAUUUAGGAAUUAUUUUUCCCCACAUUAUACAUUUUAGCCAGGCUAGACUUCUAUGGUACCCUCCAUAUUAUAUAUUUAGAUAAUGUAACUAAAAAAAAAAAUGCAUGUUACUCAACAAGCUUUUGUACAAAGUCUUAUUUUUGUUACCGAAAUUUUUCUCUUCCCUGCAAUUAUUGUCUCUCUAUUUGAAAUUGAUAUUACUGACAAUAUUAUUUAUUGUAUUAAUUAAUUGAUUAGGAAUAUAGGUUUGUUUUGCACUUAUAUAUUGUACUAUUAUACCGAGUGUUCAUUUAAAACCUAAUUUGUCUCAAGAAGGAUAUUUGAUAUUUUGAACUUAUAACCUAAUUUCAAUAUUACAAUAUCAAUGAAAAAUUUUACUCAUUGUUACACUGAUGAGUAGGUAUUUCUAAUUAAAAUACGGUGCUUUUGAGGGCAUUUCCUAUCAAUUUUUGGCUUUCUUUGGCUUACAACUUCAAAAUUGAAACUCUCAAACAGUGUAGACUAUAUACAAUAUACAUAUAUUUCAACUUAAUUUUGACCUUACAAUUUCAAUAACAGUCUAUUUUUACACUCAAAAUAGUCCAGAUAAGUGAGAAUCAAUGGCAACUUUCAUCCAUAAUUAAUUUUCAAGUGAACACCCGGUAUAUAAAUUGAAUUAAGAAUUGGCGAUAAUCAAAAAAAAAGUAUCCCAUGAAACUUAUAGCUUGAUUAAUGCACUGAUGAAAUUUCGUUUUUCUUGGCAGCUUUAAAUAAAAAGAAAAUACGCAGAUAUGAGCGUCCAAAGGUUUUAUUUUAUAAUAAUUUAGGCGACACACUAUUUUUAAUGUUACAAAAUAGGAUUUUCAUUGGUAUUGGUAGAAUAUUCUAGAAAAGUCUCGAAUUAUUUAUGGACUGGAGUUGUUGAGUCAUACCUACCUAUUUGCAACAUUAACAUUAGUAUUUUUUGAUUUAUUUCAUAUACUUUGUAAAUACAUAAAACUACUUUUAGGCAGUGAUUUAAUUUAAAAACCAAGAAACUUUAUUCAUCGUCUCACAUUAAUAGAAACACAACUAUACUUUUUGAUGUAAAUAUUUAGAUCUUAUUGUUACACUUUCAAAGGUACUUAUUGUGAAACGCUGGUAGAGUUUUCUUUCAAAGUUUUCGUAGUAAGUUUCAUAUCAAAAAAGUAAAUGAUGAAAAAAAAAAAAAUAAGUCAAUCAGUAUUUUUUAAAAGAAAGAAACGUUUUUCGUGCUUUAAACAAUUGUAGCUUAAAUGUGUACAGAUUAAUUAUUUGAACAAAACCCAAAAAAAGGGGUUCAAACCCCCUUAAUAAUAAUAAUAAUAAUAAUAAUUUCAUCUUUUUAAUAAUACAUAAUAUAUUAAUAAUUAAAUUAGACUACGCAAACCCCUCCUAAACAAAAAAAAAAGUGUGUUUAUGUGCUGUUUCGUACUAAACUAAAAAAAAACAUCUUUAUUGAACCUUUUUAAUCCUCGAUUCUGUGAAAUAAAAAAAAAAGAAACAUUUUUGUUAGGUUAGGUUUAGUAGAUUAAACAUUAAUGUUUUGUGGCCAUGU